AUGAUAUGUCGAUACACUGUCAACGACAAUGGAGCGUACAUCUACAAGUGUCGUCAGGAAGGACUUCUUUUCUAUGUUCACCGUUCGUUCCAACCUGGCAAACCCGCCGCGAACAUCGUGUUGGCAGUUGAAGGGCUCCUUAUUCUGCUGGUCUACACCUAUACGGCACUGAUGCGCAGGGACUUCUCGAAGGCGUUUGUCGCUAUCGCAAUGGCUCCGUUCACAUUGCGUGCCGGCGUUCUGCUACUUCACACAGCUAUUCUUCACGCGAUGGAUUUUCCGGAUAUGAAUGUCCUUCCCUAUCUACUUGUCUUGUUUCUCGUCUUUAUUGUGGCGACUCUUGAAGUGUUUCCACCAACAAUCUCCACCUUUGACUACUCCACUAUAUCACCAUUACUAUUUCUCGCCAUGUUGUCCUUGUCGACAAUUAUUAUUGCUGGACUCUUUGUUGCAAUGUGCAUCGUUAGCGCAGUCCGUUCAAAUACCAAACAUAGCACAAGUUCUAGCGAUCCUGUGAUUGUACAUGCUCUUUGUCGAAUGUUCUGGACGAUACCGCUGAUGAUUUUGGCAUGCCUCGCUUCACUAAUUGAUCUGAUAGGAAACUUGAGCGUCGAUCCAUACUUCUCAACCAUUUCGAUGUCAAUUCUGCCUCCGAUUCUGCUGCUGUCGGUGUUUUUACUGUUGCCUGCGUACAGGACGGCUCUUUUUUGUUGCUUCGCGAAUAAUCGACACCGGAACAGAGUCAUGCCAUUAAGAAUUGUCGUCCGUCCUUUUUCACAACGUGCAGAUUCUUCUUAG